AUGGCUGUGGUCAUCCGUUUGCAAGGUCUCCCAAUUGUGGCGGGGACCAUGGACAUUCGCCACUUCUUCUCUGGAUUGACCAUUCCUGAUGGGGGCGUGCAUAUUGUAGGGGGUGAACUGGGUGAGGCUUUCAUCGUUUUUGCCACUGAUGAAGAUGCAAGGCUUGGUAUGAUGCGCACAGGUGGUACAAUUAAAGGGUCAAAAGUAACACUAUUGUUGAGUAGUAAAACAGAAAUGCAGAAUAUGAUUGAACUGAGUCGUAGACGUUUUGAAACUGCCAACUUAGAUAUACCACCAGCAAAUGCUAGUAGAUCAGGACCACCGCCUAGCUCAGGAAUGAGUGGCAGGGUUAACUUGCCUACAACAGUACCCAACUUUAAUAACCCUUCACCCAGUGUAGUUACUGCUACCACUUCUGUUCAUGAAAGCAACAAAAACAUACAGACAUUUUCCACAGCCAGUAUAGGAACGGCUCCUCCAAAUAUGGGAACUUCGUUUGGGAGCCCAACGUUUAGCUCAACCAUUUCAAGCACAGCCUCUCCAAUGAACACGGUCCCACCACCACCAAUUCCUCCAAUCCCAGCGAUGCCAUCUUUGCCACCAAUGCCGUCUAUUCCCCCGAUACCAGUUCCUCCUCCAGUACCUACAUUGCCUCCCGUGCCUCCUGUGCCCCCAAUUCCCCCAGUCCCUUCAGUGCCGCCCAUGACCCCACUGCCACCCAUGUCGGGAAUGCCACCCUUGAACCCACCACCUGUGGCACCUCUACCUGCUGGAAUGAAUGGUUCUGGAGCACCUAUGAAUCUGAACAAUAACUUGAACCCUGUGUUUCUGGGUCCACUGAAUCCUGUUAACCCUAUCCAGGUGAAUUCUCAAAGCAGUGUGAAACCACUUCCCAUCAACCCUGAUGAUCUGUAUGUCAGUGUGCAUGGAAUGCCCUUUUCUGCGAUGGAAAAUGAUGUCAGAGAUUUUUUCCAUGGGCUCCGUGUUGAUGCAGUGCAUUUGUUGAAAGAUCAUGUAGGUCGGAAUAAUGGGAAUGGAUUGGUUAAGUUUCUCUCCCCUCAAGAUACAUUUGAAGCCUUGAAGCGAAACAGGAUGCUGAUGAUACAACGCUACGUGGAAGUUAGUCCUGCGACAGAGAGACAGUGGGUGGCUGCAGGAGGCCAUAUCACUUUUAAGCAAAGUAUAGGGCCCUCUGGACAAACCCAUCCCCCUCCACAGACACUACCCAGGUCAAAAUCACCCAGUGGGCAGAAAAGGUCAAGGUCAAGAUCACCACAUGAGGCCGGUUUUUGUGUUUACUUGAAAGGUCUACCAUUUGAAGCUGAAAACAAACAUGUCAUUGAUUUUUUUAAAAAGUUGGAUAUUGUGGAAGAUAGUAUUUAUAUCGCUUAUGGACCCAAUGGGAAAGCAACUGGUGAAGGCUUUGUGGAGUUCAGGAAUGAGGCUGACUAUAAGGCUGCUCUGUGUCGUCAUAAACAAUACAUGGGCAAUCGCUUUAUUCAAGUUCAUCCAAUUACUAAGAAAGGUAUGCUAGAAAAGAUAGAUAUGAUUAGGAAAAGGCUACAGAACUUCAACUAUGACCAGAGAGAAAUGAUGUUAAAUCCGGAGGGGGAUGUCAGCUCUACCAAAGUCUGUGCUCACAUAACAAAUAUUCCAUUCAGCAUUACCAAGAUGGAUGUUCUUCAGUUCCUAGAAGGAAUCCCAGUGGAUGAAAAUGCUGUCCAUGUUCUUGUUGACAACAAUGGGCAAGGUCUAGGACAGGCAUUGGUUCAGUUUAAAAAUGAAGAUGAUGCACGUAAGUCUGAACGCUUACAUCGUAAAAAACUUAAUGGGCGAGAAGCUUUUGUUCAUAUAGUUACUCUAGAAGAUAUGAGAGAGAUUGAGAAAAAUCCCCCUGCUCAAGGAAAAAAGGGGUUAAAGAUACCUGUACCAGGUAAUCCUGCAGUUCCAGGAAUGCCCAAUGCUGGAAUGCCCAGUGCUGGAAUGCCCAGUGCUGGAAUGCCUAAUGCCGGAAUGCCCAAUGCCGGAAUGCCCAAUGCCGGAAUGCCCAGUGCCGGAAUGCCUAGUGCCGGAAUGCCCAAUGCGGGAAUGCCCAACGUUGGAAUGCCCAGUGCAGGAAUGCCUAGUGCAGGAGGUGAAGAGCAUGCCUUUCUGACUGUAGGAUCUAAGGAGGCCAAUAAUGGGCCUCCAUUUAAUUUUCCUGGUAAUUUUGGUGGGCCAAAUGCCUUUGGGCCACCACUGCCGCCUCCAGGAUUAGGAGGGGCCUUUGGUGAUGUUAGGCCUGGUAUGCCUUCAGUUGCAAAUAGUGGUUUGCCUGGUCUAGGACUGGAUGUUCCAGGUUUUGGAGGUGGACCAAAUAAUUUAAGUGGGCCAGGAUUUGGAGGGGGCCCUCAGAAUUUUGGAAAUGGCCCUGGUAGCUUGGGUGGCCCCCCUGGCUUUGGAAGUGGCCCUCCUGGUCUUGGGAAUGCUCCUGGCCAUUUGGCUGGGCCACCAGCCUUUGGGCCAGGGCCGGGGCCGGGACCUGGCCCAAUCCACAUUGGUGGUCCCCCUGGCUUUGGAUCUAGUUCUGGAAAACCAGGACCAACAGUAAUUAAAGUGCAGAACAUGCCCUUCACUGUGUCUAUUGAUGAGAUUUUAGAUUUCUUUUAUGGUUAUCAAGUGAUCCCAGGCUCAGUUUGCUUAAAAUACAAUGAGAAAGGUAUGCCCACAGGUGAAGCCAUGGUGGCCUUUGAAUCUCGGGAUGAAGCCACAGCUGCUGUCAUUGACUUAAAUGACAGACCUAUAGGUUCACGGAAAGUAAAACUUGUCUUAGGAUAGCUGUUCACAUCAAUUCUUUGUAGGGUAGAUAUUCAUAGUGCUGUGAUUAAUGCAUCCAGAUUGUUUUCCUAGUAUUUCCAGGAUAGAGCCUGUGGAUUGUUUCCAUUGCAUAUAGAUCGGUUUCCAUAACAUAGAGCAUUGGUUGACUGUUUACAGAAGACUCACUACCCGGAUAAACAUUGCUGUAUGUUAAAGUAAAACUGUCUGGAGAGAACAAAAAAAUGAUUUUGGCGUACCAUUAGAGAAACAAUUUGUAAAAUUCAAAUGAUAGCAUAAAGUUUAUCAAGGAGUCUAGAUUGGUUUUGUUUUGUAUUAUAUAUGGGAUGAAGAAAAUAGAAUUGUUAAUAGAGCUCAUGAAGGGUGUUCUUGCCAGCUGAUAAAAAAUAGAAGUUGGCUGCUCUUGGAAUUUGGUUUAAAGCUGGACAGAUUUGCUUUGUUAUAGGGUCAAAGCUUUGUCUAAAGUCCUAAUUUUCUUUAAAUAAAAUCUCUGUAUACAGAUUCACUGUAUGUACCUUUAUUGCUUUUUGAGGGUUCUUGCUGUAUAGACAGUCCUGCUUCUGAAGUUGCUGCCUUGUUUGCCUAAUUGACUCAUUUGUAAAUGAGUAGAACUGUUUUGUUGUUUUUUUUUUUUUAAUAUAAAGCUCCACAUUUGGUUUAUGCUAUAACCUUGAACUUUGAUUUCUAAUGUCACACUUAAAACUGUGUGGAAUAAGACUUUGCCACAAAAUAAAAUUAAUGGAGUUCUCUAUCUACCAGAGCCUUUUUGGUUUGACCAUCAACUUGUAGUUCAGUCAGUUUUUAAAAAGUUCAUGUUGUUUGGAUGACAUCAAAAAGUAGAAACUACUUUUAAUAAUCAUUGUUUAAAAUUCCUGAUUUAAAGUCCUGUCUGAUGGACUAAUGUUCUGGCAAUUUCUUUCUAUCCCAAGUUUAUGUGAAAUUUUGGCCUAUAACCAGAGUCCAUUUAUAAGAAAGAACAUUGUUAUAACUAGAUUUUUAAAACUGAAGUUGAAAUUGUCAGCUGUGUUACAGAAUAAAAAAUCUAUAAGCUGGUUUGUAGAUUGGUAUGCACUGAAUCCUGUUACUUGGAGGCUUUUGGUCUAGUUGUUUGAUCAGGAGCCUGUUUACAAAAAAUCUUCAGAGUAUAAGUGCAGCUGCCAGAGAGGAAAGAAUUGAGACUUCCUGCCCUUUUCAUACUUUUGUCUUUGGCAUUCAGAGCACUAAGGCCAGGAGGGCCAUAUGGGUUCUGGUUGGGAAAUGUCCGUGUCAUGAGAACAUUGGCCUUACAACAUCCUGCUCAUUGCCACAAAGGCUCUACUUACGGUUACUUUCCUUAGUUAAAAUGCUCUAAAGAGGUAUAUCAUAUAAACAUGGAAUAGGAGAUUCGUGACAUAUCAUGAAAAACAAAUUGUCUUUUACAUGGGCGUCUUUCUUGGUUUAAAACAUCCCCAACAUUUCUUACAAAUCAAUGUACUUAUGAAGGGAUCAGCCUUUUAAAAGAAGUAUUUUGGGGGGGGGGUGCCUUUUUCGUGUUGCAAGUCAGUGGAACACUGAAGUACAGCAUUGUGUAAUUUAGAGUUAACAGUGGCAACAGUUUCAUUUGUGCGAUAUGUUUUGGAAAGCCUUUUCAACAAUCCUAGAGGAUUGACAGUGUAGGAGUUUUGUUUAGGGAAAGGACUGGCUAGACUUUCAAAAAAACAUGGCUGUGUUGUGGGUCUUGAAAAUUCAUGAAUACAAAUUUGCUUUGACAGAUCACUAGAUACUGCCUCUUCAACUAAAAAAAAAGUAAUAUGAUGUCUGUAUAUGAUGUUCAAUUUAAAUUUUCUGUUAAGUAAUCAUUUCUUAUUCCAAGGACAGAGUUCAAAAAACUUCAGCACUGUUUAGAAGUUUUAUUUCAAAUGCAGAUUAUUUUCCCCAGUGGAAAGUUGACUUUUUAUUUUAGAAAACUGGGUUGUGUGGAAAUGAAAGUCCUCUGUCUUUUUUCACAAUUUAUUUUGGUUAUAUGUUCGUGCAUUCUUAUUAAAUAUUUCGUAUACUUUAUUGCAACUCUUUUGUUAUUUCUACAUCUUAGAUAAAUGCUGAAAAGGAAAACUUGAUUUUGUUUAUCAAAUUAAAUAAAUUAAGAAAAUAGUGGUUGUGUAGACAUUGGAGAGAACUGUUUCAUAUUUGGUUGACUCACAACAGUGCUUUUCUUGUUGUGAAAUGUAAUUAAAUGCUUUGCCCUUUGGAACUUGAUUUUUGUGUGAGACUUACUACAUAUUACCUAGUGCUAACUGCUAAGCAUACUGUUUAUCUUGUGCUGGGCAUUGAGUUUGAGGGGUUUUUUUAAUUCUUAAAAUAUAUUCUGUGAAACUAUACAUACCUAUUUUUUGCACUUUUUCUCAUACGGACUAGGUUUUGGGUGAUAAUGAAUUUACCUUUACUUAUUUGCUUUGUAUGGUAUGAAGGAUUUGUAAAGCUUUGCUCAAAGUUGUGUGCAUUUGUAAACACUAUCGUAUUUACAAUUUAAUGUGUAAAUUUUAUUGUCUGUUUUGGUGAUUAAUAUUAAUGGAAGAGAAUAUUUUCCAUUAGGUCUAUUCUCAUUCCCCCCAUGGCCCUGGCUGAGGGUUUUUGUUUUUUGCUUUUUAUUUUUAUUUUUUAGUUUAAAAGAUCAGAGAAAUCCACAAAAUGUAUAUUUCAUAAGCAAACAAAAUUGUGAACUUUUUCUGAACUAUAGUGAAACAUCAUUCCUAAGCAAAAUUUGGAGAAGUGUUUUGUGUUUACACUGUAGUUUGGAUGUACAAUUACUAGCGGCUUUUUUUUUUAAUGCAACACUGUUAAGUGAAAUGUAGUUCCUGGCUUUAUGCUCCAAGUUGUCAAAGUAAUGGCAGUAAAAUUGCUUUAUAUUUCCAUUAGGAAACUUUUUAUUCAAAAUUUCAGAGAGUAAUAUUUAGCACAAUUGUGUCAGUCUUAAGCCACUGAAUGAAAAUCUAGGGCUGUGUAUGGAAGUAAGCAAACACGUUUUGAGUGGGAAAUACCUUGGAUAAAAAUAAGGAUGCAUAAAAUUCUUAAUGAAACUCAUAGUCCCUUUUAUUGGAUUCUUCAUUGUGUGCAGGUGCAGGUCAAGCAUUUAAAAAUAAAUCUAUACAUCAAUUUCAAGAACACUUAAAAAACAAGUAAAGAAAAUAUAAAAUUGCUGCUAGUCAAAUCUUCUGGAAAGAAUUUCUGGCAGUGAUCACUUUUAAAAUUAUUUACCGCUCUUACAAAAUUACCACAUUUAAAUUAUUUUACUGACAGUUCUAUAGUGCUCCAUACUUUAGAAACCAAACACAAUAAAAUGACUUGUUGCCAAUAUGGCCAAAACGUGCCAGCAAAUACUGCCUUGGCAUCAUUCAGUAGAAGUUUUGUUUAUAAAGAUGAAGUCUUGGAUACUGUUCAAUAAACUUAUCACAAAAUAAAA